AUGUUUGCCAGCACUCCCUCCUCCCGCGGCCAACAAAUCUCGAUAUCGCCAGUCAGCUCAGCCACCUGCGCAACAUUUGCUGCUGGGAUUGUGGUAAGCUCACAAGUCAGGAUCGACACCACUCGACUGGGAGUUGCGGCAACAACCUUGGCUAGAACUGUCAUUCAGAUGAUUGGGUUUGAAGAUGCUCUUGCAGCCCUGCCACCUGCCAUCCAGGUUGUCAUCCAGGCCUUUCAACAAAAUUUGCAGGCUCAACAUGAAGAAACCCGCCGCCUCAUCAACACCCGGCUGGAUGAUCUUGAUGGCCAAGUGGCCGAUAUCAACCGCCGAGUGGUCAAUUCUGAACUCCUGCUUGCUACCCUGAGUGCAGAAGUUGCAUCUCUGAAGGAUGCUGCAAACAGCCACCUUCAAGAGACCAUUGAGAUCAACACUCGGACCCAACGACGAUUGCGGGGACCUGGUGGUCGUCGCCGAGGCCGCAGAGCUUGA